AUGACUAGUUCUACAAUUGACCCUAAAUUCAAGUUCAAAAAGGCAGACGACUUGGACAAAGUUGAAGAGAUAUUCCAAUUGUGCGGAACACAAUGGGGAGGACCAUUAACACCCAAAGAGUUUGGCAAAGUGUUUACCAAUUCAAUCAAAAACUUCAAGGACAGUGGCAACAAAGUAAUGCCAUACUACGUUGAAGACUCGACAAACGGCAAACUCGUUGCAUGCACUAUAGUCAAAUUCAUCAAAGCACUUUACAAGCCAGCUGACAAAUCUAGCUUAAUAUCGUCUGUACCAGAUCCGCAAUCGUUUGGUGUCAAAAAUGUUACUGCGUUGCAUGUCAGUUUUGUCUUUACCAGCAAAGAGUACAGAAAACAAGGACUCGCUGAGUUUUGUGUCUCAAAGGCCAUUGCAACCACCGAAGAAGAAAUCAUUGCAGACAAUGUAAACGACAGUGUUGAUUCCCACGCUGAAAAUUUCAAAAAGAUGACACUAGAUGAUACUACUGGCACAGUCGAUAGGGGCCUUGCCAACUAUUACCUCGGCAAACAAUACAUUUGGGUAUUGUACUCGGGAGUAAACACUUAUUACGAGAGAUUUGGUUUCAAGAGCUACCCCUUGGACUAUUACAAGAUCCCAGUAACAUCAGUAACCGAAGGUCAAGACGAGUUGCUAAACUAUUUGUUACAAGACGAACAACACCUGAGACAGACCCAACCAGAAACAAAGUCAUACCAAGUUGGAAAAAGACUCAGACUCUUGGAUUGGGAAAACAAAAACGAUCAAAGCUUGAUCCAGCUCAUCUUCCAAGCAAAAGAGUUGGGUCUCUUGUCAGAGAUGAGCAAAUUGGUAUUCCACACCGAAUUGCAAAGUAGCCAUAGAUCAUCUUCAUCUUUAACGAAUUUAAAUAGUAUUUUGGGGAUGAAGCCAAUCGGAUCAGGUACUGGGUUAUCGUCAAUUGCCGAGGCUGCUUCUGCUGCAAAUAGCGGUAAAGGUUUUGGUCUGGUGCUGGCACUGGGACUGGCACUGGGACUGGGCCCGGGUUUAAGCGCUAGUUUACACCCAAAUGAUCAAUCUGGGUCAAGGAGAAAGUCCUCUGCAUUCAAUCAAACGGUUUCGAAGUUUGCAAUUAAACCAUCGUUUGAUAACUACAAAGAAAAAAUCCUCGCUUCAUUGGAAAUAGGCGCAUUUUGUAAUGGCGGAAAAGAGUAUUCAAUCCAGGGCGCGGUGCUAACCAAUGACUUACAGCAAAGGUCCUAUUAUAUCUUGUGGACUAUACUCAAGGGAGAGUUUUUCAUUACUGGUAUGGGAGAAGUCCCAUACGAAGGUCUUUCUCAAGGCACCUCCCGUAGAAGAGGCUCUUCGUUUACUGGAUUAAACGACCUCGGUGGUUUCAACUUCCAGGAUUUAGAUCUCUUGGUUUGUGCCGCAGUGCAAAAUGCCAAACAAAGAGGCUCGCAAUUUGAGAAUGUUUAUGUUGCCACUACAGACUUACCCAGCGAUAUUCCAGACGAGGUGCUUCAUGACUUUUUCUUAAACUACUUGCCCUUUUCCUCCUAUGCAUCGGAUGAACACAAGGAGAAGAUUCAAGAGCAAAGAAACAAGGGCGAGGAAAAGAACGGAAUAGAACUCAUUGUCAAUGGGGCAGAUAAUGUUGGUGUUUUGCCAAUGGUUCGCCAAUUCGGAAGCACACUGAAGGAGUUUGACUUAGACUGGUUGGAAAAUGGAAUGUGGUGCUGGGGCUAA